GUUUGGGACACUGGGAACAUGGCGGCUGCCUUGGAUAUAGAAUUGGAAGUAGAUAACGAAGAGUAUUAUUCUCUGCUCAAUGUUAGGAGAGAGGCGACUCAAGAUGAGUUGAAGGCAUCGUACAGGCGAAUGUGUAUGCUCUACCACCCUGACAAGCACAGAGACCCUGAGCUAAAGAGGCAGGCAGAACAACUAUUCACAGACGUACACCAGGCAUAUGAGGUUCUCAGUGACCCACAAUCUCGAGCCAUAUAUGACAUAUUUGGGAAGAAAGGCCUGGAGGUGGAAGGUUGGGAGGUGGUGGAGAGGAAGAGAACCCCUGCAGAGAUCAAGGAGGAAUAUGAACGUUUGCAGAAGGAGAGAGACGAGAGGAGACUCCAGCAGAGAACAAACCCUAAGGGGACAAUAAGCGUUGGCAUAGACGCAACAGACCUAUUCGACCGAUAUGAGGAGGACUUUGAGGAUGUACCAGGAGGAGGUUUUCCCCAUAUUGAGAUCAACAGGAUGCACAUAUCCCAAUCCAUUGAGGCGCCCCUGACCACUUCAGAUACCGCUGUCCUCUCUGGAUCUCUGUCUACGCAUAAUGGCAAUGGGGGAGGAAGUAUAAACCUCUGUGUGCGGCGUGUGACCUCAGCAAGGGGCUGGGGAGAGAUGGAGUUUGGUGCGGGGGACAUUAGAGGACCUUUAUUUGGGAUGAAAGUAUUCCGUAACGUAACUGCACGAUGCUUUGUGACUGCCCAGUGGGGAUUGCAGUUCUCCUCUCGUGGCGUACGGCCCAGCGCCUCUACGAUGAUGGCCCGCCACCUAGACCAGAACACUAUGGGCUAUCUGCAGUGGCGCUGGGGAAGCCAGUCUGCCAUGACCACCAGCAUCGUCAGGGACACUAAAACAAGCCACUUCACUCUGGCCCUGCAGCUGGGCGUUCCUCAUUCCUACCUGAUGAUGAGUUAUCAGUACAAAUUCCAGGAUGAAGACCAGACCAAGGUCAAAGGCUCCAUCAAGACUGGAUUCUUUGGCACCGUGGUUGAAUAUGGUGCCGAGCGCAAGAUCAGUCGCCACAGUGUUUUGGCUGCUACCGUCAGCAUUGGUGUACCCCAAGGCGUCUCCCUUAAAAUCAGGUUGAACAGAGCCAGUCAAACCUACCUCUUCCCGAUUCACCUGACCGACCAGAUUUUACCCAGCGCUGUGUUUUAUGCCACUGUGGGCCCGCUGGUCAUCUACUUAGCUCUCCAGAAGCUUAUUAUUAUGCCUUAUGUACAAGCCCAGAAGGAACAGGAGUUGGAGAAACAGAAGGAGGAUUCUGCUUCAGAAAUUGCACGCAGGAAGCAAGAGGCUGAAGCUGCUGUUUUGCUGAUGCAAGAGUCAGUGAAGAGAAUUAUUGACGCUGAGGAAUCUAAAAUGGGUCUCAUCAUUCUAAAUGCCUGGUACGGCAAAUUUGUAUUGGACAACAGCCAGAAACGUGAGAGAGCAGAGGUCAUCGACGUGACCGUCCCUCUCCAGUGUUUAGUGAAAGACUCUAAACUCGUUCUUACAGAGGCAUCAAAGGCUGGCUUGCCGGGGUUUUACGACCCGUGCGUCGGAGAGGAAAAGAGCCUGAAGCUGCUGUACCAGUUCCGAGGUGCAAUGCACCAAGUCUUGUCCGGAGACACAGAGCCUCUUAGGAUACCUAAACAAUCUCAUAGAAUCGGUUCAGAGACAUAGGAGUCUUCCACACAUCGGAAGAAAAGACCGAUGGACUCAGUGGACGUCAAAGGAACAUAAAGGGACAGUCGGACAUCCAGUGAUGCGAAGGGCUGCUCCUCUUCAUUCCACGUAGUCACCCGUGUAUCACCUUUGUGUUGUCUGUUUAUCUCAAAUCCCUUUACAUAUAUCGUCAAUGGGUCGAACACAUCUCCUUAAGAUCUGGAGUUUUAAGUGAGACUACCGAUGAACCUCCUGAACACGCUGCACGUCUGUUUUCAGGUGGUAGGAAGUGGUUAAGAACCAUAUCACUCCAUCCAUCAGUCUCAGAUGGUGUUAAUACUACACUAUCUGAUGAUGUCUACUGGAUAGUACAGCAAUAAAAGCUCCUGUAACAAAAAAAAGUAUGGUUCAAAUCGUAAUGAAGUGCUGUAUAACCCGUGGUUUAAUAAUACGGGGAUUGCAUGUUUGUACACUGGGCUUAUGAAGAAAGGAAAUCUUAGGCUCACACUGCCUCCAAAAUCAGUUCUGUAAAAGCUGCCACGGGAUCGUGAUUUUAUUUUCCUCCGCGAGAAAUGUUGUUUGGAUUAAUCAUCGUAUUAAUAGUUAUAUUUACAGGUGAAUCUCACAAAAAAAAUGGACGGCACAUUCUAAAUGCAAAAAAAAA